GGUAAGCGUUUUAAUUUUCUGCAACGCGCGUUAAAGGAGCUGUCUGUGGUAUUCGUAUGAAAGCUUCUUCUUAUAGUUAUACACUGCGCUUAUAUUUUAUUCUGUCGUCUAUGUACGCAGCCAGAGGCUUAAAAUGUAGCGUUACGAGGAAGAGGUGGGCGUACUUCCACACCAACCUGAGCUUCCUGAACCGAAGCCGAGCUCGGUAACUCAAAACCUGCAGUUGUAACUUACCAGAGGACGUCGAAGGUAACAGCGACGCCAGACCGGCCGCCCUUCCUCAACCAUUCGGGGAAGCUUUCGGUCACGACUCCGUCGAUCGCCGCGAUGUCUCUGGUCGAUCAGAGCCAGCAGUCGUUCCCCACCAGCGUGCAGGUAACGGUGCACCAGGCUCGGAACCUUCGCCCGAAGGGGAAGAAUGGCACCAACGACGCCUACGCCAUCAUCCAGGUGGCCAAAGACAAGUUUUCCACAUCGGUGGCCGAGAAGAGCACCGCACCGAUGUGGAAAGAGGAGGCUUCGUUCGGCCUGCCGCUCUUCCACCCGGGGAACGUCGACCGCUGCACGCUGUACGUCGUUGUCAUGCACCGAGUCCAGGCCGGACUCGACAAGUUCCUGGGCCAAGCCGUCGUCAACCUCGUGGAACUGCACGAAAACAAGGCUCGCCAAAGGCCAGAUUGGUUCCCGUUAGUGGACAAGAGCGGAAAAGCGGACAAGUUGCGAGGCGACGUGCUGCUCGGCAUCACCUUCAUGAGGAACAACAUGUCAGCGAGCAUGGUGGACCUUUCUAUGCACGACAAGCCUCGUUCCCGCAUCUCCAAGUUCAAAGACAAAGUCCGCCUGAAGAAAAAGGACAGCUUCUCGGACUCUGGCUCUGCUAUGAGCCAGGUCCUGACAGACAGCGAGGGAGACCACGAUUCGCUCUCCCCCAACCAAACUGCAAAGGAGAAGAAAAAAAACAAGCUCAAGAACCUCUUUGCACCUAAAUCCAACUUGCAGCGGAACACCUCACAGUCCAUGUCGACUUUAGUGAGUCUUCCUAGGAAGAACUCAUCCCUUAGCGGCAGCCGCUCAUCUGGCAUCAAUGUAGAAACUCCUGAAGUCAAGAAGAAAUUCAAAUUUCUUGGACACAAGCGCAGCGGUAGCUCUGACAGCAAGAUGUCUCUGGGUCCAUUAUCGUUACUGGGCCGCUCCAAGCACAGCAACAGUGACAUAAACAACCCCAGCGUUAACGGCAGACAUGUGAAUGCAGACGAGACAGAUGCCAGGAGCGGCUCUACUCUCAGUCUGAACAGCUCCGGCCAAGGUUCUAUGGAGAAUGUACAACAACACGCCACCAGUGUCUUGCCAGACAGGCACACGCCAGGGCCUUUGUUUAGGUCCGAGACUAGAGAUAGGCUUGUGAUGGAACAGCAGCGUCGACAAGAGGAAGAGGAAAGAAGGCAGAUUGAAGCUAUGAGAUUGCAGGAGGAAGAGGAGAGGCUUAAGAAAUUGCAGGAGGAUGAAUAUGACAGGAACAGGCGCUUUCUUGAAGAUGAGGCGAGAAGAGAGAAACACUGGGAGGAAGAGGAAGAAGAACACAGAAGGCUGGAAGCAACAGAGGAUGAGGAGCGCCGUAAACUGGAGGAGGUGACUCAAAAAAACGAAGAGCAGAAAAGUCAGGAGGAGGCUUCCAUGAGCGAAAGGCUCUCAUCUCUGUUUGGAAUCAUACGAAGGAAGGAGGGAAAAAAGGAGGAGGCACUGCAACACCCCGAAGAAGGGACCACACAAGCUUCUCACUAUGACGUGAGAGAUCAGCAAGUCUUGAGGGCCACCAAUUCGUUUGAGAAUGUUUCGCUGAGCUCGAGCACUCAAUUUAACAGCAGUGAAAGUCCAGCCGAUGAGCAGAAAUCCAGUCUUAACCCACAAACCUCGUCGGCCAUGCUCUUCCUAAACCGCACCGCAAGAGUGUCCACAGUUAAACCGAGAUUGAGUCAUUCUCUGGAAUCUGAAUCCUCUGAGCACCUGCAAUCUGAAUACUCUGAGCCUCAAACCUCCAGUGCUCCAGUGGACCAGCAGUGGUCUUCCCCAGGCGCCUCUGAAUCUACCCUCCCUAGUGUACCGUAUGACUCUCCCGAUACUUUCUCCUACCUUCAUUCAUCAUUGGCUCCCCUCAGAUUAAGGGAAACUCCGCCUGGUUCCCCUUGUAAAAGUCUGCCUGCUUCUCCUCUUAAAAGUCUGCCUGGUUCUCCUUGUCAAAGUCCGCCUGGUUCUCCUCUUAAAAGUCUGCCUGGUUCUCCUUGUCAAAGUCUGCCUGGUUCCCCUUCUAACAGCAUAGACGUUUCAUCUUCACCCACAAUGGCUGAUAAAAUGGCAAGAGCCCCCUUGCCACCGUUGUAUCCCAUAUAUGAGGCCCACACUGGCGGAACCCAAGAGGUGCAAAGCUCAAGCCACACAAAUGGAUCUCAGCAAGACAAAAAACUCUCUCUUCCACUUCCUGAUUAUGAAACCCUAUUUCCCCAGAAGAGACAUGGGGUACAGGGGACCACUCGAUGGGAUCAUAUCAUUGCUGAAGUCAAUCAAAGACGCAUGGACAGUACACCAGAACUUACAGGUCCAGAGAUGAGUGUGGAUGGUCCAGAGGACCUAGGCGAGACUAGACCUUCAUUUUCAGGGGAGAGCCCUGUUGUGGGAUAUUUUCAAACGCAUCAGCAGGAAAACAGACGUCGGUCGUCCAAAAAAGUGGCAGCCCCUCCUCCACCUAUGCAAGUGUCAACUAUGCACAGCCAGUCAAUGUCAGAUUCCGGUCAAAGAGAGAGCCAGAACUUCGGCUGGGUCGAUGAGUCUCUCACAAGGUCUCUUCCCUCAGUAACCGCAGGAAUGCUAAAUAUGAACAAAACUACAAGUGAGAGUCUCCAAGAGAUCUCUCUAGAUGAAUCAAAGAAUGCUUUGCAACAGUCCUUUCUACCAGCACGUGGGACCAUAUCAACUAGCCAAAUGGACUGGGAUUCGGGAACGCCUGCUGAGCAGACAAAACAUCCAGAGACUUCUGACAUCCACGUUCCCACUGCGAGACCGAGACAAAGGUCGGUCAUUAAAGAGCCAACGGAACAAGAGUAUUUUGGAGCCACACCAGCUUUUGCUGAUCUGCACAUGAGCGGCAACAUCCAAAAAACACCCAGUUUCAGUAUGAGCGAAAUGGACAAAAAUGGCAAACAGGGGACGGAAGGUAAUUCUGAGUUUCAACCAUAUCCCAGCACGGACCUUCUUUCUAGAUAUAUGGAGGUGCCAGAAAAACCACCCAGAACAUCAGAGGACCUUUAUUCCAGGGUACUACAAACGGAACAAAAACCUGAAAACUCUGGAAUGACGGGAGAUGAUCUCGAUCAAAUUUUCAAUGACGAGAAACCGGUUGAUCCCUUCUCAAGUUUGAAUGGCUAUGAGACAAGCAAAAUGGAGGAUGAAUUCAGGCAAAUCAGUCCAGUUUUCCAAAGACAAAAUUCAUCGAGACGACUGUCGUCACCUCCUUCGAGAAGUAACUCACAGAAGGCUUUAAAGUUUCACCAAGAAUCUUCGGAUGAAGAAAAAACUACUAGAACUCAAAGGGAUGAUGUCAUUGAGUCCAUCACACAAAGGCAUCCAGCUGAUGGGAAGGCACAAGUCCAUCAUUUUGAGGGAGAAGAUCCAUUUGGAAGUGACCCUUUUGCAACUUCAGAGCCCCUCCCCGUUGUAAUGGAGGAACCGUCCUCAAAAGGAGAAGUUGUUUCUGUGAGAAAGAAACCCAAGAGAGCGUUGUUGCCCCCCUCUGAGUCUCAGUUUGUCAGUCCUCAGAUUAGCAAUGGCGAUGGCCUUUCCUCCACUUUAUCCAGGCCUCAUCCAGUGAAGCCUGUAAUGCACCCUAUUGAAAGUCAGCAUCACACCAGCACUUCGGCACUGAAAGACAUGCAUGUUCAGAACGGCACAGCUGGAAAGGUUAAGGUGGCGGGCAUGGCUGACAGCGGACCAUUCACUCAGCUGACCCAUGAAGAGUUGAUCACACUGGUGGUGCGGCAGCAAGCGGAUCUGUCCAAGAAAGACUGCAAAAUCGGCGAGCUUGAGGCGUACAUAGACAACCUGUUAGUGCGUGUCAUAGAGGAGAAGCCCGCCAUCCUGCAGGCCAUGAGCACUACCGAGCCAGUGUGAGGUAACGGCUAAGAGAAGACGAGCCCAGUACGCGUAAUGGCCCACUAAUGUUUUUCUUGACUGUGUGUGUGUACUGAGACACAUCCUAAUUGAGGUUUAAUAUCAUAUGCACUUUGUGGAGUAAUAUUCAGGUUCCUUUAAGAAUGCUGGAAAUUGUCUCUGGUUGAUAAACGAGCAAUUAAAUGUGUAUAUAAAUCAAUGGAUUUGUUUGGACACAGGUACUGGCGUGUGCUUUAAAAACGCUUUAAAUUGUUUUAUUUGAAAUCUUCGUGAUGUAUUUACAAUACUUGAGACGUGGGUUGUGCGUUAUUUCAUCUUUCUUUUUUUUCCCCACUGUACCCAAACUGUAUAUGUGGCUCAAUCAUUCCAAAUGUAUUCCCCAUAAUGUACAUACAUUUUAUGAGAGUAUUUUCCAAAAAUAUAAUUUAUAAAUUAAUACCUCAUCAACCGAUGAUCACUGAUUUUCCCUCCACUGAGCUGUUUUAUUUUUCUCUUAUCUGCUGCUUUGCCGUAUCUUUGCGAGAUGCUGUGCCUUUUUUCUUUUUUUUUUUUUUUUUUUUUUUUUUUUUUAGAUCAAGAAAACCAGCAUUAAGCAAGCGCCUAAUGCCACCUGUAUACUUGCAAUUACCUGAGUCCUAUGAGCCGAUGCAGUGACGUUUGAGAACGCGAAGAAAUAACACGGAGCCAAACUCCCAUUAAUGAAGGAAGUCUGUGAUAAUCAGAGACUACAAUAAAAGGCUCGCUGUUCUUCAACUAGCCUCGUCUGAAGUGGAAGCCCAUAUGAAUGAUGAGCACACCGUAUUUGCCUUUAUUUUUACCAUAUACCUUUUGCAGAAAUUCUUGCAAUAUUGCUGUUAUGAAUGUAGAGACAUGUUGACGUCUCAUUUGAGGAACUCAUUUUUUGCUACCUCUCUUUCUGUGUGGGCCGAGCACUGAAACAGUAAAGAAUGUCCCCAGAUGCCUCAUGGAUUACAGCUCAAAUAACGCUCCUGACGACAUAUAUGACAGAGGUCAUGAAUUGUGGUUUCAUUUUAAAUAAAGACACUCAGUUUUGUCCAAA